AUAGAGAAUUUGGAGACUAAUGACUUCAAAAAUUAUAAAAGUGAUGAAGAAGAUAACUUUGAUGAAUUUGAUUAUAAAGAGGAAGACAAAUUAGAAGAAAAUCUUAUAAAGGAAAAUCUGGCUCUGUAUCUUACUAAUAUUAAAGAAAUACUUACAAAUAAUAAGAAGAAAAAAGAAAAGUUAAUUGAAAAAAAAAUUUUAACUUUAAUUGAUAACAAGUUAUUAAAGUUAAAACAACAGCAACAAGUGGUAAUAUUUCUAAAAAAGAAAAGAAUAUAUUUACUCUAA